CCUUCCCACACGCAAUGCGAUGCGAUGCGAGGCGAGGCGCAGAGGAGGAGGAAGAGGAGGAGGAGGAGGCAGAGCUCGCUCGAUCGCUCGCUCGCUAACAUAAUAAACUCAAUCAAUCAAUCAGAAGAGCAAUUUGGGUUGAUAAUUGUCUCCCCUUCCCUGGUGGGGGAGCUUAAGCUGCAGGGCGGGCAGGCAGGCAGGCAGGCGACCAAAGAAGAGAAAGAAGAAGGAGAAGAAGAAGCAGGGUGCCUUGCAGCAGGGAUCCAUCCCCUUUUUCUUUCUCUUCCUCCUUUGUAGUAGUUGUUGUUGUUGCAACAGCAGGCUACCCCUCCUUCCUUAUUUGCUUGCUUGCUUGCACUCCUUGCCCUCUACCAGCUUCGUGUUACUCUCGAUCGCCGCAUCUCGCUCUCUCGCUUUUGAGGUGCCACAAUCUUAGCCCGUGUGUUGCGUCGGGUACGUGAGAGAGAGGUUGUCGUGUUCGUGAGAAGUAAUGUGGAUUGGUUUGUUUGCUGCCUUCUUAGCUUGAUGAGAUCUGGUUCUGCCCGAUCGAUCGUUCUCCUUGGCUGGCCUUCUUGACCCCAGCGAGUGUCAGGGUAGAGUUGUGGUGGGUCGUGACUGCAGUGGACAUUCGCUGAAUCGUGUGUUGUGUUGCUUUUCUGUCGUGUGGUGGUUCACGGUGUGUGUGUGUGUGUGUGUGUGUGUGUGUGUGUGUAAGGUUGGGAUCUGUGGAACGAAUCUUGGCGUCUAUGGGAGGUUUUGAUUAUGUUUUCGAAUUUAUAUUCGGAAGAAACUCGAAGUUGAUUGGGCGAGCUAAAGUAAGCAAGCGUGUUAAAUUCACGAAUGGGUUGAGAAGUGUAUGUAUAGAAUUUUAGGUUUACUUCGUUAUUGUAGCAAUCCUACGCUGGAACACUGCUAAUCCUGCAAAGCAUAUGUGAAUAUGUUUUCAGGAUUAGUUACAAGCGAACUGCACCAUGGGAUGCAUCCUGUCUUCAGAAGCUUUAUAUGAUACAGGUCCAACGCCAUCUGUUAGUGUCAGUGUGGUCGGUGAGGUUUAUAUCUAUGUCCCGGGCUUCCGAGCACCCAAAUACGUAGAUCUGAAAGGGACCUUGCAUGGAUCUAUAUCAGCGGACUUGCUAUCGCGGUUACAGCAGCUGCGAUCUCAGGUUCUUAUUGCUUUGGGGAAGUACACGCCAGCCUCUAAAUCAAGAAGGUUUCGUAGGCCACAUCAACAAGAUACUCCUGCCGCCGUCCAUUUGGAAAAGGCACUAGUAAACUAUCUUCCUGUGCUCUUGGGUUUCAUGACUAAAGGAGAGAAGUUGACUUCAGGAUUGUUUUUUGAAUGGACCAACGUGGAAGAUGAGAACAAGGAAACUUCUAUGGGAAGUGUUUAUUAUGAGUUGCUAUCGGUACUUCAUCUGCUGGGGGUUCUGGCACUGCAAGAAGCUAAUACAUGCCUUACACCAAGACCACCUGCAGAGGGUUAUAGUCCCAAAGUCACUGAAGACAGCAAGAGAAAUGCUAUUGAGUUAUUACUGAAAGCUGCGUCAUAUCUUGAGUGUGCCUUGCGUGCUGUGCUACCCAAUACCCCUGAAGAUGUCAAAGAAAAAUUACCUGCUGCUCUGACAGAGUCAAUGCUUAGAGCUAUAGAAAAUCAAGCUUUGGGCCACGGUAUAGAGUUGCAGCUGGGAUUUGCAGUGGACAAUGUAAAAGCAUCUCUGGCUGUGAAGCGAAGAAUAGCAUGUGAGCAUGUGAAAGUCUGGGAAGAGGUCAGUGAGAAGCUUGUAUGCGCACCACUGGCAGAUGGGCGGAGAGAAAAAUAUCUAUUAUUCGUCAACUGGAAGCUUUCUGAAGCCAAGGUUGGGGCGUAUUACUUCCAUGGACUUAUUCUGGAUGAGGGUUAUGAAGACAAUAUGCAUGCCCAAGCCAUUACCUGCCUAAGAGCUGCGGAAACCUUCUUGAAAGAGAGUCAGAGAAUUAAAGUUGAAUUUGGCAAUGCAGAGCCCAUGACCAAAGUGCCUCCAUCUUGGGGUGCCAUUAAGUAUCUAUCGGAGAAGAUUCCCAGGGACGUGUUGGUUAGAGCUCGGCUUUUUAAAGAAAAGUACCACAAAGAAAUAUUACCUGUUGCCACACCUCAGUUGCCAGUCUUUCAGCUAGCAUUAAAAGCUGAUCAGUAUAAUUUACCUCCCAUCGACCCAGCUUGGGAAAAAGAAACUGGAUAUGAAGGUAGAUAUAAUCUUGAUUCAGAUCUACCAGCUUUUCUUGUCAAGAGAGAUCUAAGCCGCAAAGAAAAUGGACCGUCGGAACUGAGAAGAGCACAACCCAUACUAGCUACGCCAGCGAUGGUCCAAGCCAGAUAAAUUUACUGUACACUAAGAUGAAUCUUUUGUAAACAAUUCAAAUUUAUCCUUGAGGGUGCAGAUUGCUUCUUUUGUUUGACAAUUUUCUGAUUGCUAUAUGCCUUCCUCCUGUAAACUAAAUAGUUCAGAACUUAGAAACAUAGAUGAUGGUCAGUGAAAAGGGUAAACCAAGUAGCUAAAAUUAGAACAUUUGUGGGAAUUGUAAUUCCUUGAUAUGGUAGGUACUGCACAGUUGUGAGAGGCGGAUUCUUAGUAUCAUUUAACAUGUACAAUAUUGUCAGUAUUCUCAAUAGUUAUAUAUGGAUGACAUUUCAUGAGCCCAAAAA